AUGAUAUUGAAAAGCAGUAGUGAGAAGGGAACCGCUUCUACUGUGGGAUCGAUUAAGAAGCAGCAGCCAUGGCUCAGUUGCUAUACAACUGUGAACUUGGGACUCAGCAAGGGCCACAAGGUGACUAAGAACAUGAGCAGGCCAAGACACAGCCUCCCCUGUGGGCACUUCCCUAAGCACACCAAGUUCCUGCAGGGCAUGAUCCGAGAGGUGUGUGGCUUCACCUCAUAUGAGUGUUGUGGCAUGGAGCUUCUCAGGGUCUCCAAGGACAAGCGUGUCCUCUAGUUCAUCAAGAAAAGUGCCAAGAGGAAGAGAGGGGAGCUGAGCAACCUACUGGGAGCCGUGAGGAAAGUGGCAGCCAAAAAAGAUUGA